AUGUUUGCCCAUGGCGAACUUUUGAGUUCGCCAGGAGCUCACCAGCAGUUUGCCCGUCACGUGACUUGGCGCCUCGCAAAGUUACCGUGCAGCUGCUCGCACCGCAAACGCGCAUGCACGGUCAAGUGCGUGCUGGGCCGCCAACCUCCCACCUCUGUUUUCGCUGUUGCAUCCCACCUGCUUCUCGAAAGUGUGUCUUGGGUAGGCACUUCCGCGCCGCCGCCAUGGCUUCCCGGUCUCGAUCUCGGUCUCGAUCCCAAUCUCCCCCACGGGGCCGUCGCCGCUCGUGGUCGCGUUCUCCAACACCUCGAUCUGCUGAUUCUCGAUCCCCCGACAGACGUCGCCGCUUUGAUUCUCGGUCGCCUUCGAGGCUGGGCAGCCGCACCCCGCCCCCUUCCCGACGCAACGGCAGACACAGAAGCGACAGCCGCAGCUGGAGUCGAGGCCGUGGAAGGAGCAACAGCAGGGGUAGCGAGGGUCCUCUGGCCAAAAGCACCAAGGUCCAUCGUUGUAGAGAGGCUCUCCAAGAACAUCAAUGAGAAUCAUUUGCACGAAAUCUUCGGAGAGUUCGGUCCGAUCAAAGACCUCGACCUCCCCAUCAACAGGACUUUCGGAACCAAUCGAGGCACAGCCUACAUUCUCUAUGAUUACGAAGGUGAUGCGGAAGCCGCGAUUGCUCAUAUGCACGAGGCUCAAGUAGACGGUGCUACCAUCAACGUGUCCAUUGUCUUACCCCGAAGGAAGCUAUCCCCGGCGCCUCCAAUGGCGAGACGUGGUGCAAACAUUGAUCCGCGAGUUCCAUUUGGCGGAGGACGUGCAGGAGGUGCUCACGGGAGUGGCGUUAAUGCAGGAAAUCAGAUGUCUACCGGCCAUCAUCACGCUCACCUUCGAAAUCGCAGAUGGGAAGGCCUGGAUCGUCCAGGGGUGGAGGAAGCCGGUAUCGCAGCCGCUCCCGAAACUCUUUCUCUUCUCGGUCGAGGUCCCGGUCACCCAUGUCCAGACGACGGGGCCGCCACGACGCAGGUGAGAGCAGGCGUCGAAGUCGGAGCCCUAGCUACACUGGCUUUAGUGACCGGAGCCGAUCCGCGAGCCGCUCUCGAGUUCGCUAAAAACCUCGUUAUCCCCGGAUAA